GCCACCAACAGAAGACGAGCAAGAAGCUAAUGCUGGCCGAGUCUCGCCGAGAUUAGCUGACACGAAGCCUGCGUCGGCUCGGCAGUCGUUCUGCCUUUCGUCCUCCCUUCCUUGGCCUUCCUUCUUCAGCUCUAGUCGAAGGUCCAUUGAAGAGCAACAACACUCGUCGUCUUGGUCGUGUCGUGCGAGGGUUGAACGCGAAGGAUGCCGUCGCUGCUCUUCUGCGGCCCGAAGAUGGCCGCGUGCGGCAUCGUUAUCAGUAUCUGGGGCGUCAUCAUGUUGGCCAUGCUGGGAAUCUUCUUCAGCGCCAAGUCGGCCGUGCUCAUCGAGGACGUCCCGUUUACUGAGGAGGACAUCCGCAACGACAAACAGCCUCCUCAGAACAUCUACGGUCUGUACAGCCAAGUGGGCAUCAACUGCUUCAUCGCCGCCGCCAUUUACGUGGCGGUGGGCGCCGUGGCGCUGUGCCAGGUUCGACUCAACAAGCGCCAGGAGUACAUGGUGACAUAAGAAGUUGGAGUGGGGCCGGCCAGUUGUCGCUGCCCCUUGGCGGGAGGAAGGAAGCCGUGUCAUUUAUUUCUGUGUUCAUGUCGUCGUUGCUCUGUUGUGGCCUCAUCAGCGUUCCUCCCUCCCCCUUAGUAGAAACCUCUGACAGGAAGUGUGGAUGUCAAAAUAAAAGUUUUGUGUGAAUAUUAAAAUGACAAAAGAGCCUUUGGCAAUACAUUUUGUUGCCAACGAUUUUAACCUUCUGGGCAUGUGCGUCCAGUAUUUAAAAUAGCAGUCGAUACCUGUAAAUACUUGUGCGAGCAUUACAAAAAUAAAAAGUUGAUUUUGGUGCUCCUCAAGUCAAUGUCCAAAAAGAGUAAUCAUUUAAAUUUCAGAUGAAAAUUACAAUUUUGAAGUCUCUCCACAUACAGUGAUAUAGAUACAUAUUUGAGAGACAGAUAGGCAUCAGAAACAAAAUUGAACAUUUUGUCUAUUAAUGACUCAAUUCUGAGGGUGGCAUUGAUAAGCUCAUUAAACAAACUCUUUUGCUACUGUAGCCCAAUCGGUGUUUUAAUUGAUAGUUUCACUGUCUGUGCAUUUUCCAUUGCUAAAUGUCUAGCAGCUGUUGUAUAAUGCACGAUAGAAAUAAACUUGUAUUGUUGUCAA